AUGCAGGUCCUCGUUCAAGUUAUUGGCUUGUCAUGGUUAGGUUGUCUGAGUGUCAAUGCUCAAGUUAAUCUAUCCAAUAUCAAUGGAGGCCAAUCUGUUUUUAUCUCCCCACCGACAUUUGCCGUGUUAGGGGCUACCGGCAAUUUCCGGAAUUCAUCAUUUACUGAGUUUUUCAACCCAACAGCAACCGAACCUCCCUUUUUCCAGAUCUUUGACAACACAUUUCUCGACAUUCUUGGACCCAAUCCUACGUUCAACAUUGUCUCGACGAAUGAUAUACUCGAAUUCUUUGCCCAUGAAGCUCCUGUCUUUGUUAAAGAGACGAAUGAGCUAUUCUUCGUUGGCUUCGACCAGACUCAAAAUGUCUUCAAUAAACUCAACAUGACCGCAGUGGAACAAGCACUUGAAGGGAUCAACGGCACCAACAUCACCUCGAUUAAUGUUCCAGCAACCCAGAUCCCCCUUCCGGACACUGUUCAUCAAAUCAAUGGCGGAACGGGUCCCGUUGGUUCUUCUCUAUUAUUUGUGACAAAUGGACAAGGACCCCUUCCCCCAUCUGUGGUACUGGUCAAUGCGAAGGAACCGUUCAACGCGACAGUACUUCUUGACAAUUUCUUUGGACGACAAUUCAACUCAUUGGAUGACGUGAAGAUACACCCAACCUCAAAGGCGAUCUUCUUUACAGACGUCUCAUUUGGUUUCCUUCUUCAAAUACGUCCGCCGCCCAUGCUUCCAAAUCAGGUAUACAGAUUCGAUGUGACGACGGGCGUUGUGAGAGUUGUUGCGACCGACUUUGAAAAAUGCAACGGCAUUGCGUUCAGCCAGGAUGGAAAAGUGGCCUAUGUAACGGAUACUGGAGCCCUCAGCUCCUUAGGUUCGCCAGACCAAACGAAAACAGCUACAAUAUACAAGUUCGACGUCGAUCCCAUAUCGCAAGUAUUUGUGAACAGACGUGUGUUCGCUUAUGCAGACACCGGCAUUCCUGAUGGGAUAGAACUGGAUGCAGCAGGAAAUGUAUAUGCAGGAUGCGGAGAUGGAGUCAAUGUUUGGUCUUCGGAGGGAGUCCUACUCGGGAAAUUUUUCACCGGGGGGACGGUUGCCAACAUGGCUUUCACUGGAGAUGGGCGACUUGUUUUGUUGGGUGGCACAAAUGUGUAUCUUGUGAAGAUUGCCGCAAAAGGGCAAAAUCUUGCGGUUCCGUCAUUUCAGGGGGUUCCAAUCUAG